AUGAAUACCCCUAUUCCUCCGAAGGUCAAGAUCCCUACAUUGGACCCUUAUGAUGGAAAAACGGACCCAACGGACCAUCUGAACGCUUACAAAGCACAGAUGGGAGUCCAAACCGGGUGUGAGGCCUCAUGGUGUAGGUUCUUCCCUACUACUUUCAAGGGCAUAUCUCAGACAUGGUUCAACAACCUCACCCCCGGGAGCAUAAGAACGUUUGACAUGUUAGCCACUCAUUUCAAAAAGCACUUCAUCGUUGGGAGUAGGCAAACAAAGACUAGCGUUCAUUUGAUGACGGUGAAGCAAGGGGAGAAUGAAAGUCUUAAGGACUACAUCAAGAGGUUCAACACCGAGUCUCAGCUCAUCCCCGACCUCCAAGACAACGUUGCUCUCACAACCCUUCUCUUUGGGCUCAAAUCUAACAAGCUGAAGUUUGAACUUGUCCAUGACAAGGUGAGCACCUUCUCUGAAGCCAUGGAAAGAGCUGAAAGGAUCAUUGAAGCUAGUGAGGUGUGCAAGGCGCCCGUAGCAAACAACAAGGGGAAGAGAAAACAAGAAGAUAAUUACCAUGACAACAUGAAUAGAAGGCCGAGGAGGGUUGAGAGUGAUGAUGAAGGACUCAAGUACAAUGCUGAUAGGUGUGAUAUCUAUCUGGAAAUAAAGCACAAGGCUAUUCUUCCUAAGCCUAACCCCAAGAACACGCCGAUAGAGCAGAGGAACAAGAAACUUUGGUGUGAAUACCACAAGGAGUGUGGUCAUACCACCCGGAACUGA